AUGUUUCAAUAUGUCCACGAGAAAAAGCUUCCUUGGCUGGGCUCAGCAUCGGAGUUCUUCCCCACUGUCAUAAAGGUGUAUUGGGCAGGUCCAAGGGGCACUCUUUCUCCAUUACACUGCCGAUACACCUCAAAGAUGCGAUUUACGAGGAAGAAAGCGUCACAUAGCUCCAUCAUUCAGGAAUUGUCCGAAAGAGAGAAGGAAGAUUCCCUAAAUGCAGCCCAAUUCACAUUUAGGCAACAUUCCAAUGAGCAGCACUCCAGCUCCCCGGUUUCUCUCCAAGGUGACGAGGCGAUAAGACAGCCGGAACCUAGACAUCUUAUACCAUUAACACGAUUCCGUUCUGUAGGCCGAUCCUCCCCUGAUCGUCAACAUCCAAUUCAUCUAUCAGCUUCACCGUUGGUUUCUAAGGCGAAGGGAGGGCCGUUACCAUCUGUCAAGAGAAGAAGUAAGUCAGUUGAUUCUGAGGGUAUUGCUGUCAUUGCCGCUAAUUUAGCUAAUAAUUACAUUAGUAAACCAAACAAGGCAUGGGAUUUACCCCGGUCUGACAUGUCAAAACGUUACGAAUCCCCAGUGACAAUUAAUCUAGGAACGGCGCAAGAAAGGGAAUCACUUAGUAGGGACAGUGAUGAACCUUCUCAAACAGCAGCACAUCCGGGGAUGAAAAACAAGGCCCACUCACAGGGAAACCUUUUGGAUCGUGAUCCUGCUAGACCAAUUUCUCCUGAGGACAAUUUAGUUUCAGCACUUUCAUUAUCGUCAGAGGAGGACAACAGCUUAAUAGCUUCUGAAAGUGAUUCGAUUGAAAUAAGUGAGACGCCUGAAAGUUAUCUCGACUCAAACUAUAAGGCAGUCACCAAAAUGAACGGUAAUAAUAUCACAUACAAAGGUACCCUACCGAAUCUAAUACCUAAUUACGACCAAAAGCAAAGGAGAAAGAAAAAGAUUUCAAGACUUCUGAAGCAUGCGAGACCAUUCAAGGCGUUUUCACAUCAAUAUGUGCCCAAUGUCAUUGAACCUAAUGUCACUGUAGUGUCGAAUAAUAGUGGAAAUACUGUAGUAGAAACUGAUCAAAAUGUUCAACUCAAAACGUCACUGAGAUUACCCCUUUAUGCCAAUUCCGAUGAUACUAGUGAAACAGAUGAUGAAAAUGAUUAUGUUGAUGAUCACUCUAGUGCUGAUGAUAAGCCAAAAUUAGGACGUAGAGAUAAACUCAAAAGACGAAUUAAACGUACGACCAAAGUGGUAGUUCCACAUCCCCACUUACCUCUUCAUCAUCAUCUAAACACGGUAAAGACAAGUAGGAAGCAGUUUAAUAAAGAUAAACCAUGGAAGUCGCAUGUUGAUCUGGGAUUUGUCACUGAAAUGGAGAGAAAAAGGUAUGAAUCAAUGUGGAUCUCUAAUAGAUUUCAGUAUCUAAAUUUAUUGCCAUGGUGGCCUGAUAAUGAUUCUGAAAAUCAAGUUAAAACUAAUCAUCCUCUUCCACCGGAUGGACUGAUCUUAGGGUUAGUCGUUAAAGAUAUUUGGUUAAGGUCGAAUCUACCUAUGAAUAUAUUAGCCACAAUUUAUCAGAUGAUUGAUUUUAGAAUGGAUGGCACUUUGGAUAGAAAAUCAUUUAUUGUAGGAAUGUGGCUUAUAGAUCAAUGUUUAUAUGGCAAAAAAUUACCGGACAGAAUUGAACCGAAAAUAUGGAAUAGUGUUGAUACCUAUAUAAUUGAACCCAGAAGAUAA